GUGGUCGAGCUUCAAAUUCGCGCAGGAAAGUGGUGAACGGUCUCGCACUCAUACUCUAAUUGUUAAGUGCCCCAGUUAGGGUUAGGGUUAGGAUUAGGGUUCGUUACACCUAGCCCGAAGUCGGGAGCGGAGCGUGUUGUUAUGGUAGGUUAGUUACCCACCAAGUUUAUGUCGCUUAUUAUAGUGUUAAGUGGCUGAGAGUGAGUGCGAAUAGAAGUGAGUGCGAUUAUCGGCUCUCGGGCGCCUGGCCGCUGCCUCAAGAUCCCGCAACAUUAGCGCGGAUACAUCUAUCGAACGACGCUUUUGAAAGGACCGCCGGAAAAGCUAGGGACCCUUCUUGAAGAGCAACGCCGCAUACUUCUUUAAAGCACUGCAGUCAUGGCACUGGAUUUGAAAAGCAUACCAAAGGAGUUUGUCGCGACCGCCGACUUUCUGCGUAGCGGGGAUGCGAAGCUGACGUUGAAACAGGGCACGCUUGAUGGGAGGCGGGUGGAUUUCUUCAAAGGCAAACACGCCGUAAACGCCCUUCUCCGCAAACCCUCCCCCAAACGCCCAACCGUAACCUCCCGCCCGACCGCCGAAUCCCACCUCUCUGAACUCCACCGCAACGGCCUCUUUAUCCAAGUGGACCGCUCCUCCAAACCCACAAAGCCCACCACCCCCGGCGGCGGGCCGCCCCCCAUCCCGCUCCAACUCUCCCAGCCGCAAGCACCCUUCUCUCCGGAUAAUUACUACGCUUGGGUCUACGAGGGGUCGCAGCUCAAGGGCAUAUUGAUUGGAACGGGCGUGUUGGCGGUUACGUUUGCGGGGGUGAUGUUCCCGUUGUGGCCGGCGUCGUUGCGUCAGGGGGUGUAUUACUUGUCGUUGGGGCUGUUGGGGCUGAUGGGGCUGUUUAUGGUGUUGGUGCUGUUUAGGAUGGUGCUUUGGUUGGUGUUGAAGGCGGGGACGGGGAGGGAUGGGUGGUUGUAUCCGAAUUUGUUUGCGGAUGUGGGGGUUGUGGAGAGCUUUACACCGGUUUGGGGCUGGGAAGACGUCAAACCGAAAAAGAAGCGCUCAAAAGCGGUCAAGGAGGCGGUCGGCAGCGACGGGGACGGAGAUGGGAAUAUCGACCAUGAGGAUUAGAUUUCACACAUCCCGAAGCCCGCGUUUACCCAUCUACGGUCGCUAUGUGGGAUACAUCCCCCCGAAAACGAAACCUCGUGAGAGAGACGUCGUAUACGCACGAAAGAAGAAGAAGACUUGGAGGCGUAUGGAAGCACGAGUUGGGGGAGUGCUGUGCCGAGAGCAAGAAAAAGGAAGCUCUGCAGGAUUCUGGAAGCUCGAGUCGGUGGAGUGUUGUGCCGAGCGACGCGAGCUACUAGUUCUGCGGGUUAGGGUUAGAGUAGAAAAGACCAGUGCGAAGACGACGGCUUCGCACAGUAGCGGUACCCCCGUUUUCUAUACCUUUUUCAAUGGACGACCAUUCUAUAUACGAUCUGACCAUCGUCGGCUACUUCCGAUCUCGCGCACAACACAACUGUCA